ACAAGAAUUUCGAUUGUGGCUAAUGACUAUGGGCGAUCACAAUAACCUUCAAGUGGGUAAAGAAAUACCGGCUUCAGACACAAAGUCAAGGUGGCUUAAUACUUUCUGUUUCUACAUCUUUGGUUUUUUCACCUACUUCAGCGUAGAAAUGUUCGUCAUAGGAACGCAGGAUAUCCUGAGCGGCAGGAACAUUCCGACCGCUAUUUUGAUCACUUGCUUUGAAGGUCCUUUAGUGAUGGCCAAACUAGUCAUUCCUUGGUUUCAGGAGAAGAUUCCCUACGUGGUGAAGGCGUUCUUUAUCGCAUUCUUUAUGAUUCUUGGAUUGUCUAUAGUCGUUUUCGCAAACGACUUCAGAGUGAAAAUUUUAGGAGUCGGGCUAAACGCCAUGGCUGCUGGUGCUAACGAAGCCACCUUCCUUGCGCUGGCUUCGUUCUACCCAAAGCUAUGUAUCAGCGCGUUCGUCUCUGGCACUGGAUCGGGUUGUCUGAUUGCCGCUCUUUACUACAUGGCUCUCACGACGUGGACUUGCUUAUCUCCUAAGACCACUAUGAUGAUAACAAUUCCCCUUCCUCUGGCAGUUUUGAUCUUUUACGCAUUGCUGAACAAAGAAUUUCUCCCAAACAGCUCACAAAGCAGCCCCAUGAAGCUCAAACACCUUAAAUACUCCAUUGUAGGAUCCACUUCUGACACCAUGGAUCAGGAUGCGCCAACUCGCCAAAAACUAACAUGUGGCGAAAUGCUUAACAUCGCAUGGAAAAUUAGUUCAGUUGGUAUUUCUCUAUUGUUGAGUUUUUCUGCUGAGUAUAUCUCAGCGGUAUCCGUGCUUACGACGAUUUCUUUUCCUAAGUCACAGUUUCUCCCCCGCGAUCAUUUCCUUAUUUAUCUGCUAUCGUACUACAUCGGUAGAUUUGUCGGUCGAAGCUAUUUACUUUUAUUUGCUUGGCUGCCUUCUGAUAUGACGGAAUUCCUUCGCUGCAAUAAAACCUGGAUUUUCACAAUGCUGCAGUUGGUGCAACUGACGUUCUUAAUAUUGGAUUCGUUGUACCAUUUCGUCCCGUACAUCUGGAUAAUAAUCUGUGUUUGUUCAUCUCUUGGUCUAAUCGGCGGAAUAAUAAGCAUGAACGCACCCCAUGCAGUUGGGCAGCACGAUAAAUCCGAGGAGAAAGAGUUUGCUUUAGGACUGGUGUCAGUUGGUUCAUCUAUGGGUAUAUUAGUGGGUGCCCUGAUUGGCCUGGCUGUGGAAUCGAGUCUUAGAAAGCAUUGUGUCGAGCAUUACCCAGACACCAAAGAGUUCUGCUUCACAAGAUAUCAAGACACCACUGGCUGGGAAACUAAUAUUCACUGUUAAAGCCUGUUAUAUAUUCUGACGCUUCGGAGCAUAAGCGCUCUUAAAGCCAAAGCCAACCAGCUAAACAAAACAACCUAACUGACCAAUAGACAAAGGUCCAAUCAAAACUUCGUUUGUAUUAAAUUUUAUGAGAGAGAAUGUCAUCACGAAAUUUAUGUGU